AUGCUCGCGUCCCUCGCUGCACGCGCCUACACCACCGUCACUUCGCCCUUCAAGCCCUCGCCCUCGCCCGCUCCUCCCCCUCCUCCUCUCGCCGACCCCGCGUCUCCGUCCCCCUCGACUCGCUCCCCUCCCAGCGGCACCCAUUCCGCCCACAGCCUCGACUCGCCCACGACCGACAAGAUCGCGCAAGACGCGUCCGACCUCACCGCCGCCGUCGACAGCCGCCCCGUGUCGCCCUCCCCGGCCGCCGCGAGUGCACCUGCCCCCGACGCCAUGGACCUCGAAGACGACGACGACGAGCCGUCGACCUUUGCCGCCGAGCGCACGCGCACCACCCGCGCAGGCCGCGCCGACGCCGACGCGCCCGACACGGAUGACCCGGCCCUCGGGCCCGACGGCAAGCCCUACCUCGUCGCCGGCCUGUACUGGUCCUCGGCGCUCCCGCCGCGCACUCGCGACACGCCCUCGUCGUCGUCGUCAUCGUCGGCCCCGACCGACUGGCGCAAGGUGACGCCGACGAGGGGCACGGCGCUCCCGCCGCCCGUCUACCACGGCGAGACGCUCGUCGACGACGAGCGCGCGUUCCGCCUCCCGUUCGACAUCCUCCGCGACUGUUACUAUGCGCCCGAGGCCGCGAGCCGAGCCGGCAAGGGCAAAGGGCGCAAGGGCAGAGGGCGCGGCGGCGCAGACGAGGCCGACGCGGCGACGACCAAGCGCGAGGGCAAGGGCGGCGACAAGACGACGGCGGCCGACAUCGCCAAGCGCGAGAUGAGCAAGAAGCCCGAGCCGUACCGCCACAUCGGCAAGAACGUCUACGUCGACCGCAAGCCCGACAAGGCCGAGCUGCCCGCCAUCUGCAUGUGCACGCUCCCUGCACGGUCGACCGACAUGGGCUGCGGCCAAGGCUGCAUCAACCGCCUCAUGCAGUACUGCUGCGACCCGAAGAAGUGCCCGUGCGGCCCGGACCGGUGCGCCAACGUGCCGCUCAACAAGCGCGAGGGCGUCCCCGAGGGCAAGGACGGCUUGAGGGUCAUCUGGACGGGCAACCGCGGGUUCGGGCUCAAGACGAUGGUCGACAUCAAGGAGGGCGACUUUGUCAUCGAGUACCGGGGCGAGGUCAUCUCGCGCGACGAGAGCUACCGCCGAGUUUUGACGACCUACAAGGACCAGGGCAGCUACUACUUCAUGGACUACGACGGCUUCGAGGUCAUCGACGCCGGCCAACGCGGCAACUCGGCGCGCUUCAUCAACCACUCGUGCGGGCCCAACCUCCAGGUCGUCCGAUGGCGCCUCGCGACCGUCGAGGAGUACCAGAUGGGCCUCUUUGCGCUGCACGACAUCCCUGCCGGCACCGAGUUGACCUACGACUACGGCUGGCAAGACUUCUCAACCCUCGCCGCGCCGACGUUCGCCGCCGCACCCGCCGCCGCCGCCGACGGCACCGAGGGCGGCGGCACGAUCGCCCUCUCGACCUCGACCGCGAUCGACCCGGCGCGUCAGAGGUGCUACUGCGGCGCGUCGGCGUGCAGCGGGUUCCUCGGCGGGCGCAAGCGCGCCGACGCCAAGGCCAAAAAGGCGGCGGCGGCGGCGGCGGCGACGACGACGAGCCGAGGCGCAGCAAAAGGCCGAGCGUCGGCCGCCAACAAGCGCAAGCGCGACGACGAUGACGACGACGACGAUGAGGGGGAGGGGGACGACGUCGACGAGCGCCCGAGCAAGCGGCCCGUGUUCGCCCAGGCGCGUGUCGUCCUCCCGACCUCGACCGUCCUCGCGCGCGUGCAGGCCGACGCCGCGCCCGGCGCAGGAGCGGGAGCGGGAGGGCUCAAGCGCAGCGGGAGCGGGAGGAAGGCGGCGAGGGAGGCGCUCGGCAAGCUGCUGCGGUAG